AUAUGUUUUUAGAUAAUCGAAUGUGCGCGUUUCUGGAGAGUUAAUCUAAUCACUCUAAUAGUCUAAUUUUAUAGUUGUUAUUUUUCUAAGUGUGUUAAUGACUUCAACAAUCCAGUGAAACAUACGAACUACUACAAAGACGAAUAGAGGACAAACCUUAUUUUAUUUUUAGCGGUAAUCAAAUGCAAAUAUGAUAGUUGUGCGCAACAAUGAUUAUCUUUUUUGAACAUUUUAUUGUGUUUUGUUAAUUACCGGUUAACCGCAAGGUAGGUAUGUAAAUUUCUACGAAGGGGCGUAAACGUUAUAAUGAAUUCGCCUAUAAGACUAUAAAUCCUUAACCCCGCAAUUCACCAACAUCAGUCUGCAAUUCAAAAUAAUCUUUGAUGUCAUUAAAAUAUUAUAUUAAUCCUGGUGUCUAAAUUUUAAUAUAUAGAACGAUUUGCUCGUUUUUGUGCUAGUAAGUUAAAAUGAUCGUGAAUAAUUCAGUUGCAUUGUUUGUAGUUGCGAUGCUUCUCCAGCAAUAUUAUUGUAAACCAACACGUCGAUUUAUUAGGGAAAUUAGUAACGAGGAUGAGCCUAGAAUAAAUAAAAUCAAAGAAUUUCUAGGCCAGUUACAGGGAUAUGGAUCACUUGGCUCUACAUCUCAACCACAGUCGUCUCCAACACCAACACAUCAGCCAGAUUUAUCAACACCAUAUCUGCAAGAGACCGCAGCUGGUCCUGAACCAGCAGAAACUAAGAUACAGCCUUCCAUAAUGGCUAGGGAUGGAAGCACUUCAUCGACUGGAUUUCAGUCUUAUACAAAUUACAUGCCGAGUUAAUUAAAUCAAUACUGUAAUGAUAUGCUCAAAUUUACAUGUCAUACAUUUUGUAAAAUUCGUUAUUUUCAUUUAAUAAAAUAUAAAACGGUCGAGUUGUCGCACGCAUGUAAUAAAAUCUAAAACAACCCCAAUAAAUCAAGUCACUGGUGAUUGGAACGAUUCCUAUUAUCUAGUCUCGUACAGGACACUGUACGGGAUUAUAACGGUACAGCGCAACACAUGCAACUUCUUUCAUGUGCCGCCGGAGACGGGGGAUGGUCCGGUCAGGGUCGCUUUCACCAGGGAAAAAGACAAUUUUCUUUGGGGACACCGACACCUUUGAUCGGGCCGCCGAUGACUAUGGCGGGCCUGACCUAAAUCGUCUCCUCUCAUCAGUGCAUGAGCACCCUCCAUAGCGAGUAGUGCAUGAGCACAUCCAAAACAUAUAAGUGCACGAGCACCACCCAGACAGACAAGUGCAGGAGCACAGCAGACUUACUCACAACCACUCAAAGGACAUUGCCUACGACAACUUUACUGUUUCUUUUUUCUAUAACGAAA